AACACAAACACACGCACUCACACACACACAGGCACUCACUCACACACUCACACACGCACAAACUCACGCACACCGACCGGAUGAGCAGAGCGCGCGACCGGUGGGGGCCCAUGCAGCACUGCAGCGCGCGCAGCCCGUUGUAGCCCCGCGCCUCGCGCCAAUGAACCCCUCCCCCAGAUCCCCUCACUCAUCGUCGCCCCCAUCGCCUCCCACAUAUAAGCGCAGGCUGACUGCAGUCGUCAUGUCCCGCGCCGCCGUCACUACCCACGGAAGUAGACUUUCAGACACAAUGCAACUGCCAAAAGUUGUUCACACACACGCACAGCACGCGCAGUGCACGCCUCAAGGUACGUCACAGUUUACUGCAGCGUGCUGCUGAUGUGACGUGCGUAGUGUUCGUGCUGCUGAUGUGACGUGCCUGAGGGACUUUGUGGACUUUGGUGAGCGCGGUGAUGACGUGGUGAUGUCAAUGGAACAUCACAGGACAUGAUAUCAGGAUAAUCCAGGAUAAUCCACAAAGCAAACCAUGUGUCAAGUGUUGACGUGUGUGUCGCAGUGUGUCACAGUGUCUCACACUUUGUCAUCGCCGACGUCGCGUCACAGUCCACCCUGCAUUUCCGGCCUGUCCGUUUAUUUUGCAAGCUGCAUGUGCCUACCCGGGCUGCACCUACCCGGCGAACACUGGAUACGGCCUCUGUGAAGACAAGCGGAUAUGUUGUGCUAGUAGUUACCCCGGGUGAGGCGAGGGGACUCGUGCGCACAAACUGGUUUUAAACUUUAUUUGAUUUUAAUGUCAGGGAAAUUUUCACUGGAUGCGACUUGCUUUCUUGUCGCACAACUUUGCUUCGAAACCAACGCAGUUCUUUGUAUUCCAUUCGUUUCUGUCCUGAGGAGGUGGGCAACAGUCGCUGUCACUCUAUUGUCUGUUCGAGCGGACGACUGACAUCACGCACCUAGGUACAGCUACGUCACUGACAGUGGUGACGAUGAACCACUUCCACUGAGCACAGAUCACGCCGACUGUCAUCACGAGACUAUACAACAAGUAAGCCCCAUCCUGACAACUCGCUGUGGGUGUUGGGAGGUGACUGGCGAAUACACUUUAUGUGUGUUGUAAGUUAACCUUUGACCCGUGGCCAUCUGCCUCUGUAGCCUUGUGUCUUGCAACUACAAAUGUUGCCGGCGUGCGGUGAGUCGAUAUCGUCUUCAACUAAAGCUGAUCUCAUAAACAAGGGCCAUUAAGCGUUGAGUCGAGUCCCAAAACACCCAUCAAAUUGUCUUUCCCUCAGGCAAGGGAGGAAGCGCGGCGGUGGCGGUGGUGGUGGUGGUGACAUGCACAGGACGUCACCGUUGGUCCACAAGGCAGGCGGUGCAAAAACGUCACGGCUGAGUGGCCAGGCGUCUGUGUCUCCGGCCUCCAGGUGUCGUUAAGGUCGAACCGGAAAAGCCCGCUCUCCCUGAAAACCCAUUCAUCGGCUACUUAAAUGUUUAAAAAAUAAAACAGAGAGAGAGAGAAAACGUGACAUGGACAAACAAGCCAUCAAAGUCGCACCGCGCGCCCAACACGUGACGUUCUGCGUGCACCACGGAGGGUAGAGAAGUCAGAACACAGAGUGCACCCCAUGUCGGGUCCCACUUUCAAGGCUUUCAGUUUGUUCUUACGGGUGUUGUGCACAGCGGAUUGCAGGUGACUAGGGAUGGACACGUCACGUCAGAGGAAACUGCAGAUUGUUUACAGACAGACUACGACAGUGUCCACAUUUGUGUCGUCCACUCUUGACUGUCUCCAGGCUUUUGAUUGUCUGGCAGAAGCCAAGAACCAACAGCAGACGCAAUCCUGAAUUAAGAAACUUGCGUCUGAGGACAAAGCAACAUCCGGUCAGCUUGUAAACAGUAUAAACAACAUCUUGUCCUCGUGUUGAGACCAGCGAUAGAGAAUUGCACCUUGUCAGUGCCGUUGCCUUCACACAUGGCCGCCACACUCUGCAUUGUGCACGACGGAAGGAGGAGAUUACAAGGCUACAGUCUUUGCUGAGUUGGUGACGUGCGCCUGAGUGCGUGCAGGUGACGGAGGCAGUGCCACGGACAACUCCAGCUAAGCUGCCAACCAUCAAUGAGGGAAACAGCAAUGGCAAAAUCCCAGCUUCCCCCAAAGCGGUUAGAAUAGAAAAAUGGAUUCCAUUUAAGAAAGAGAGAAAACGAGAAAGAAAAAGAAAGUGAUUAAAGGAGGGUAAAAUGUCUAUUGGUGGUAAUCUGCAAGCCCGCAGCUACGUGGUGCAAAACAAAGGUGUGUAACCUCCGCAAUCUUCCCGUCUCCUCGCGCUGUUUCUCUUUUUUACAUUUUGAUUAAUUUUCCGCGGCAGAGAAAAUCUCAUAAAGCAAUUUAAUUUUCACUUUUCUUGCCAGUCGCACAAACCGUGGCGCGAACUGACUUGUUGACACACAGGUGAGGUAAACAGCUUUCCUCUUGGAACAUCGCCGACAGGUCAACAGCACUCGGUACAAUCUGGUGACAAAACACCUCAGUGACUACGUGUGUGACCAUCCGACACUGACUACGUGUGUGACCAUCCGACACUGUGACUACGUGUGUGACCAUCUGACACUGUGACUACUUGUGUGACCAUCUGACACUGGGACUACGUGUGUGACCAUCAGACACUGUGACUACGUGUGUGACCAUCUGACACUGUGACUACUUGUGUGACCAUCUGACACUGUGACUACGUGUGUGACCAUCAGACACUGUGACUACGUGUGUGACCAUCAGACACUGUGACUACGUGUGUGACCAUCAGACACUGUGACUACGUGUGUGACCAUCAGACACUGUGACUACGUGUGUGACCAUCUGACACUGCCCCUCAGUGUGGGAUUACCGCCGGCUUGUGGCCAGUCCCUGAGGUCAGCAAGGUUACACUCAUCAAGAGCAGUCCAGCCACUUGGCGGCGCCACCGCUGAGCUGCGAUGGAGGCUGAUUAUCGACGCUGUAAGGCAGCGGACAGAAAGCGAUGUUGAGAAGCCGGUGAUGUACUUAUUGCCUUCACUGGCUAUUGUCGUAGCUCGCCUUCACGACCUGCGCGCCAGAUGCUCGCCUAGCUGACCCCGCACGUCACUCGCACCCCCUCACGCCCCCUGUCGCCCCCUGCUUCCUGCCACACACCCACGCCAGGGACGCUGCGACAGAGCGUGACAGAGACCCGCUGCUAAAACUCUCGUCACAUACCGCGCACUGGUGCUUACAGUUACGUCACAUACCGCGCAUUGGUGCUUACAGUUACGUCACAUACCGCGCACUGGCGCUUACAGUUACGUCACAUACCGCGCACUGGUGCUUACAGUCACGUGACGCGUCAGGCGAAACCAUUCUCCCUUUGUGCGCAAGGUGGGUGCUCAUAUCUCCUUUUAUUUCUUGUUUGCCUGAGAGAAAGCGGAAGAGCUUUAGUCUGGUCCCGCAGCGCGAUUUGAUAUGUACACCCCGGGUACCCUACUGUCCAUCGCCCCGCAGGCGUAGAAAGUGCGAGAAGUGUGCGGGGGCAGACAACUCCUGCCACAAGCCAAUGGAAGCAAGGCACAGGUUCACUUCUCUCUCGUGAGAGGCCGCGCGAGCGAACGUCUUGAGUCGCUGGGGAGCUCGGGGGGCGCCGUUUGUCGCUCAGUCGACGAACUGUUGUGACCUUGGAUUCUUCCUGUCAUCCUGCACUGGUGUGACACAACCAUCACGUGACAGUGCGGCCUAUGUGACCGUUACAUUGUGUGGCCCACUGGACCUUCGCUGCUGGGCCCCGAGUUAAUUUAAACGAUUGUUGCAGCUGAUGGUGCAGCUCUACAGUUGUGUCCCCCUUGUGUGGGUCCCUCCACACACCGAGGCCUGCACACUGUGUGACGCACCAACCCUGUUGUCGGUAGUUCCACGGUGACCCUGCGCGUGACACUUGUGCGUGACCCACCUCGUGAGCAGCUGGAGAUUUCCAUCUGUGAGCAGAAGGACAAGAAGCAUCUGUGGUGUCACGGUCAGGGCCUUUUAGCAGGACAGUCGUCUGUUAUCGGACCACUCCGUCUGUCGUCUGCUGAGGUUUGACAUCAUUACACAAUUCAAUUUGGCCGCCAUUUUACACACUUUAUACACUCCACGCAAUCCGAUUGGCUCGUGCCACAGCUAGCCCUUCACACUGUCGAGGGCUUGCUGAGUGCCUUCCUGUGUUGUUUCGAGGACGUCACUGCCGUAGCCGUGACAUGCGUGUGACGUACCUACGACAUCCACCAGCCUCAGACAAGUAGCCAGGAAUACAAUUUGCUGGAGAUGUCUGCGUGCCGCUAGUCACAUCGCCGAUGCCAUGAGGUACGCCAUUGUUACAUCUAUCUACCUUUCACUUUGUGCUCGGCGCUGCCAGAAACACAAUUCAUCUCGUCUGCGGCGGUGCUUCUGAUUUGCUUUUGGGAGCUAAAGUGGUUUGGCUUUGACAGCUCCAAGCCCUGCAUGCUGUUCGGAUUACAUUCGUCAAGGAGGAACCCAAGUUUGAGACUAGUGGUGACGUCCAGAGGCUGUGUACGACGAGUUGAUGGUCGGUGGUUUGCUGUCAGUCAUCGCUCGGCUUCUUCCCCAUGAGAAGACCACACCCUGGUGUCAUCCUAGCACGUGACCUGUGCUGCCACAUACCUCCUCCUUCACGAUGCCCGAGAACGAAUCACAUCCCCCGUACCACGUGGCCAACACCCACCUCCCGGCCCUGAACGGUUCCUUCCUGCCCACUGAUGCGAUCCCCGAGGAGGAGCAGGAGUACAGCCUGCCAGAGAAGGCGGUCAUCGGCGCCAUAUUAACGGUCAUGGUCUUCGUGGCGGUGGUGGGCAACCUGCUGGUGUGCGCCGCCGUCUUCACGGACCGACGCCUCAAGCGCAACUCCAACUUCUUCAUCGUGUCCCUCGCCAUCGCCGACCUACUGGUGGCCUUGGUCGUCAUGACCUUCGCCAUCGCCAACGACAUCCACGGCCGCUGGGUAUUUGGCUCCAUCUUCUGCAAGGUGUGGAUCUCGUCGGACAUCAUGUGCUCCACAGCCUCCAUCCUCAACCUCUGCGUCAUCUCGCUGGACCGCUACAUCCACAUCCGGGAUCCGCUGCGCUACGAAGCCUGGAUGACGACUCGCAAGACUGUGCUAUUUAUAGCCACGGUGUGGAUUCUGUCCGUUUUAAUUUCGUUUGUCCCCACUCACCUGGGGUGGCACGAGCCGCCCAUGGGCGAGAACUCCACUGAACUGCAGGAGUUGUGCGUCUUUAACAUCAACCCGGUCUACGCCAUUGUCUCGUCUACAGUCAGCUUCUACAUCCCGUGUGUCGUCAUGGUGUCCAUCUACGUCCGCCUCUACGUCUACGCCCGGCGCCACGUACAGACCAUCAAGCGCACGCACCUGGCGGAGCGAUUUCAUACCAACGGUUCCUCCAAGUCGUCCUAUAAAGUGUCAGACCACAAGGCAGCCGUUACCCUGGGUAUCAUCAUGGGAGUCUUUCUUCUGUGCUGGGUGCCCUUCUUCAUCGUCAACCCCAUCGCUGCCUUCUGCAGCUCGUGCAUUCCCAAGCUGGUGUUUCAAAUCCUGACCUGGUGUGGCUACGUCAACUCCUGCCUCAACCCCAUCAUCUAUUCUAUUUUUAACACGGAGUUCCGUGACGCCUUCCGUAGAAUCCUCUUCCCCAAGUGUUUUCUGGAGCGUCGGCAGAAGGACGUCCUCCGCGGUGAGGCGUCGACAGCGACGACAACAGCACUGAGCAGCAGGAGGGUGAACAAGGCCGAGUAUGGCCCUCCACUGACUGAAAACGGCGCAAGCGUCCGGAGGAACAGCCGGGAGCGACUGUUUGUGGACAAAGUCACAUCCUUGUGAGGUCGUGACUCCUUGUCGCAGGUACGACAGGUCACGUCUUGAUGACUGUCACGACCGUGCCAAAGUCACAUGUCAACGACUGUCGUCUCUGGCUGUAUGGCCACAUCUCAGUUUUAGGUGUAGGGCUGCACUUUCCACCCACAUCCUUCAAGUAAACAUCCCACCAUCCUCCCUCGUCCCCACCCCACACCCCGACAUGGUGUAUGCUGACUGCUUGUAAAUACUUAUUUGCACCUGCCACACCUGGCGAGGCCUGCCUCACAUUGGUCCCUGGCUAAGUAUCGAACUGCCAUCAGCGACAGUCUACUCGCACUCGUCUUGAGCACGACACCAACAACCUCCACUACCACCACCACCACAACCACCACCACCACAACAACAACAUUAUUUCCGGCGGAGUUAGGUGUAAGGACUGCUGACAUAAAGACUCCAGCACCACCUUUGAGGGUAAAGAGGAAGCCAGACAUGAUGCCAGUGUCUACAGAGCACAGGCGCCCUCUUGUAAACUGUUCUUGAUGUUCCUUGGUUGGCUGGCUGGUUGGUUGGCUGGCUGGCUGGUUGGUUGGUUGGCUGGCUGGCUGGUUGGAUGGUUGGCUGGUUGGUUGGCUGGUUGGUUGGAUGGCUGGUUCCCUUACUUAGGUACGUAGUGGCUGUUAGGCUCCGACGUCAAAUCAUUAUUUCUAAGAUUAUUUGGAUAAAGUCAGUGACACCUGGCAGUGACACCUGGCAGUGACACCUGGCAGUGACACCUUGACUUCCUCGGGUGUCAAGCAACAGUAAAAGUCUGUGACACAUCCGUGUACACCAUUGCCGUGAGACACAAUUGUAAAUAUUCCAUACGAGACAUAACAAUAUCAUAUUGCUGUAAGAGACAUAACGAUACAAUAUUGCUGUAAGAGACAUAACGAUACAAUAUUGCUGUAAGAGACAUAACGAUACAAUAUUGCCGGAGGAGACCCAAUAGUGUGUAAUAUUCCCAAAGAAAGAACAGUGUCGAGCAUUGCCGCGAUACAUCAGUGUGUCAUCUUUCUUCGAUGUCAAGUCAAGUCGUGAGAUGAGAUUUGUGACAUGCAGUCACGUGAUGUGAGUACACUGUGAGACUGUGACAUCACAAACUGCCAGUGUCAGUAAUCUUACAGUGACACAACCAAUGCCUCGUUCAUGGCUGUCAACCGUCGGCAGUGGACAGGAAUCACAGAAAGGUAAAUAUUUCCGGUUGUCUCCUUGUUCUGAACCUGUCGAGCGCGUGAAUGACGUGAAUGCUGGUCACGUGCUUGUAGUACUCUGUACUUUGUUGUGUACAUGUGUACACUGUGCCAAAUGCCCACAAGUGAACACUGGCUCUCUGAGCCUGAGGGCGGAUAAGCUGGUGAAGCUGAUAGACAGAUCAAGCGACGGACAGACUGACAAGAAGAGGAGACUGAGAUGUCAGAGACUGAGAGACUGAGAGACUGAGAGUUAGUUGAGUGUACAGUACAGUGGCAGUCCUCGCCUACACUGACAGUCGGCACUGUACACUUUCCGAGAGAGAAUAUUGGUGAAAAUUGUGGAAGGCUGAGCAGCCUGGUUAUGUACAGCUGUACACCAUUCACUGAGUGCGGGUACGUCACCGUCACUGUCACGUAGAGUACGUGACUGCCACCAGCCCACCCUGUACAGUCUCAGCAUCUGGGGUGGAUUGAUAGAGAGCACUGUGUGUACUUCAUCUGUAAACUCUUGAGUGACUCAUGAUGUACAUUGUCAGCCGACAGCCACAGUGAACGCUCAUUGCAGGCUGUGUGAACAGUGAACAGUGAACAGUGUGCGCAUGACAGACAGUGACGGACAAGGACUGACAGCAACCCGAGAUAUGACGGGUGGACGGACGUGUACUACAACAACGCUGGGUGCACUGGAGUAUGCAGGAGAAAUGAUGGAUAUACUGAGACGUACCCGUUAAAGGGUUAAAGACUUUCUUUAUCUUGAUAGGUGGAUAGGCUGUUUCUAUAAAUAGAUUGCCUUGUUACUCGCGAGUCUGUCUGACGGACAGAAGAAUGAAUGACUACAAGUGCAUGUAGGUGCAUACUUCUACAUGAGUGUGCCUGUGUACAAAUGUAUGUGCGUAUGUGUAUGUGUGUGUGUGCAUAUAUGAACAGAUGUGUGCAAGAAUACGUGUAUCCAUAGGUGACGUGCUCACAGAUGUGUUACGAACACAGUUGCGUGCAAGACCCGGAGACUUGCUUGUGAGCUACACACUGUUGACACAUUGUGAUAAAUUAUUGUCAGUUUAUUUAUGCCUCGAUGAGUAAGUCGAGCUCAUUCACGAUGAAGUGAGUUUCGCCUGUGACGUUUCUCUCUUGUGCUUCACACGUUGAUCCUCGAUAAGUUUAGCUGUGAUGUGUGCGUCAUCGAGCUGUUGACAAACUGUGAACACACAGCGAACAUGAUGCUUACACGAAAGUCCAGCAAAGUUUUGCUGACCUAUGACCUAGCCUGAAAGGUGACCUGAACGGUGACCUGCAUGGUGACGUGUAUGGUGACGUGUAUGGUGACGUGUAUGGUGACGUGUAUGAUUGCUAAAACACGGGUGACUAUCUUGCUCUUGUUACGUUUGAAAUAUUGAGAAAUGAAAUAUUAUCGUACAAGGUGUGACAAGUG